AUGCAAUCGAUCAACCACCUCGUGGGUCUCGCGGUCGGGAAGCGCACGCUCCUCCUCGAGCAGAUGGCCAAGGCCAAGAAGAAGACGCUCCAAGGCGCCGAGGAAUCGGCGCAUGCGCUCGUCCAGCUGCUCCAGCAAGAGACGAAGAAGCGCAAGUACGCGACGAUUAUCAACCUCAUCAAGUACACGUGCAUGUGCUCGAUACAGGUUACUCAGCACAUGGGUAGGGUCAUGAAGUUCUCGUUCGUCGACUCGGAAACGCUGGCUUUGCAGCGGCUCUCGUCGACGUUUUGA